UCUGCGAAUGCGAAUUUAGCGCCGAUUCCAAUGCUAUGCGAAAUAAGCCCUCAACUCCAUGACGGGAACGGGUUCCUCUUGCACUGCCUCUGCAAGCGAGUGCGAGAGGCGCAUCUCCAAUAUGACUUCAUUGCAGCAUUUCGCAUCCGCUAUGACUGCCUGCCUCAUCAGCAACGAAGACAUAAAACGUGCAAUACCCUACCACCAAACAGAGUAUCACCCUGCUCCACUACAGACCGUGCUGCAUGCUCUAUUCGUACACACAGCUCAUACAUAUUCGAAUUGAAUACAUUUCUAACUCAUCAGCAUGGCCAACCCUCCAACCUCGCCAAAGUUCGACUGGAAGAUGUACCGCUAUGUACCCUCACUACCCGCGGCCAUCCUCUUCCUGAUUCUGUUCAUUGCUUUGACCAUGCUCCACGUAUACUCUUACAUACGACACCGUAAGACAAGUACAAUCUACGUAAUUCUUGGUGGACUUUGUGAAAUCGCAGGCUUUGCCGCGCGUAUAGGCAGCCAUUACAACAAUGCCUCAUGGGCGCCCUUCAUCAUCCAGGGUACUCUGCUCCUCGUCGGACCGCUCUUCUUCGCUGCCACAGUCUACAUGAUGCUCGGACGCACUAUCCGCUACGCCAAUGCAGCUUCCAUAUCGCGAAUAAGUCCGAAAUGGUGUACACGUGUUUUUGUUGCAGCAGAUAUUUCAACACUGAUCGUCCAAGGCCUUGGUGCAAGUCUGAUGGGCACGAUGAAGCUCUCGUUUGCUUUAGCAGGCGAGAAAGUUGUCAUUGCUGGGCUGGCAUUACAAGUUGCUACAUUUGUAAUUUUCACGGCAGCCGCUGUUGACUUCCACGUGCGCAUGAAGAGUGCGUCAAAGACCGCUGACCAUACAGACAACGGUGCGUGGCGAAAGAUGUUGCACGUCUUGUACACACUCAGUUCCCUUAUCUUGUUUCGCUGUAUAUUCAGACUGAUUGAGUACUCCAUGGGUAACGCAGCAUAUCUGAUUGCGCAUGAGUGGACCUUGUACGUAUUCGAUGGGGUACCGAUGUCGGCAGUGCUGGCAUUAUUAUUCGUAUGGCGGCCGAAAGAGGAAAACACAGGCACGGCCAUGAAAGGGCGAACAUCAAGUGAUGGAGAACUCGGUGAUGUGGAGAGUCAAUAAGAGGAGGUCAUAGAGUUGUAGAUGAGGGAGUUUGCAGGAAUUUGGGAGUAAGACCGGGUUUCAAUAUAUCAAUUAGAAACAUACACAUCAUAGUGCAUUGCUAUAAUGGCACAUUGUCAUCGCCAAUAGAUAUGUUACACUUCAAAAACUCCAUUGCCCUCGAAGGCUCUGAGCAUACAACCUGAUCCCCGUC